CAAAGAAGUUUCCUGUAUAUCUCACUGUGUCACCUUCCAAUGAUCACAAAGCUGAUAUGAAACCAGAAAAAGGAGCUAGAGAUGUACCCAAAUGGCUCAAAACAGUGUUACUUGGAAUUCCUCCCACUUUUUCUGAUGACGAAGGAGCAACACACACACCAGACUUGGUUGAAAUCUUGUGUCAUUUUGACAGAAUAUAUGUAAGAGUCAGAAGGGAGUUCUUCAAAUCUAAGGAUGCAUUCAAGUAUUUAAAACUAGGUACUUGUUCUGUCAACUAUCGAAAUAAGGAUUACUACUUUCUAAUGCACUCUCUGAAAACCGACUGUGGAUUCAAAAUAGAGAGCUUUCCAAAUUAUUUGUCUGUCAGCAUAACAUUCCACUACAAGCCAACCAGUACAGUUUUAAGAGAAAUUCCAUUUGACAUUCUUCUGCAAUGUAAAUAUCCCAGGUGGUUUUACUCCUACAAAGUUGGCUUCCAUCCCAAACUACAGGGAGGAACACUUUACAGAGCACUCCAAACAAAAGGCAGUUUCACCAUUACCCCUCAGGAUGCAUCAGGGAAUGAAAUCUCCGGCUUCAUAAGCUACAGCUUGGGCCAUCCAAUGUAUUUUGAGGCCAGCGGACCUGACAGAAGCACAAGUUCUGGGGAUAAGAGGAUGUACAUCAAUAAUUGCUUUGUGACUGCUUCCAAAGACCCCUACUCACACCCUAACUACACAGUCAUUGCCAAUCAAGGCUGUAUGAUUGAUGGCAAGCUGUCGAUGCAGUCAAAAUUCCUUGCUGGUGACUCAAAGAUGGUCCAGAAAUUCAGUGUGGGUGCUUUCAUUUUCAAGGACAGUUCUUCUACCUCGCCACAGCGAUUCUACAUGCACUGCAAGAUGUCUGUGGGGCCACUUACUCCAAGUGAAAGCUCAAAGGCCUGCAAUUAUGAUCAUGCAACCCACAAGUGGAAGGAGCUGUACGGUAAAGACUCUGUUUGCAAAUGCUGUGAAUCAACAUGUUCAUCAGCAAAACCAAAGACUGCAUCCGAGGAUAUAAUCUCCAGUCACCCUUGGAAGGUUGACUUUAGCAGUGAAGAUGAAUAUCAGGAAGCAGACCCUCAGAUGAAAACCACACAUGCUGAAAAGGUCAGCUUGGAGGAUCCGCAUAUGGAAGAGCAUACGGAAUCCACGACCAUGUCCGUGGCUAAGAUGUAA